UGUGGGGAAAAUCUAUAACAAACUUUUACUUUCUGCUUUGCAAGCUCUCAUUCCUGAGCUUUACUUUCGUUCAAACUGAAGCUGAGGGAGGAGGGCCUUAACAUACACUGGCUUCUGCUGUGAGCGGUUAUGGCCGGAGACAGGCAACCCCUGGGACUGCAGUACAUUGGAGACUGGGGGUGUACUGAGCCUCCCGUUCUUGUCCAGCCUCUGUAUGGCAUGGUAGUCUCUUCGGUGGAGGGUGAAGAAGACACUCUCAGAAACCGGCUUCGUCAACGUGCUAUGGCCAUGCACGGCCAGUUAACACUGGAGAAGACGAUGUCACCCCUGCCUCACGUCGCGGCCUUUCAUGGCCAGGAACCAUCGCCCGUCAGUGACAGUCGUCUUUCCAUCCAGGGCGUUCAUCCCAUGCUGGGAUCGCCAACUACCCCAACGCACAUGUCCUCUGGUGGCCAGAAUGGUGGAUCUGCUCACGGAUCUUUCAGCCCAUCUCUCGGAGAGGGAGAUGGAUCAUCAUCAGCCAUGGUCACUUCCCAGCGUCAACGCUGCAUGACGGACAAGCUUGCACAGAGUCCCAACGACGGAACAGGAUGUGAGCAGUAUCAGCCAUCCGCUGCAGUUGGCUUGUCAGAGCAGACCGGAUCUGGCAUCUCAGUUGCAGCUGAAGAUGUGGUCGCCGAUACUGCAGGUGGGACAUCGCAAGCUGCGAGCUGUUCAGACACUCCACCAAGCAGGGGUGAAAGUGGGGGGACCUCCACAGACUCUCCAUUGGCAACUGCUGCACACGGGCGUGGAGCGGGGAGAGGACAAGCUGGCCGUGGAAUGAAGGCUACUCAUGGCGACGAUUCAGAAGCAUGGGGGGUGGCACGCCUGAAGCAGCGGUUCUGGCCUGACAUGGAGCGCCUGAUGAAGGAGGCAAAGUACGACCAGAAUGACCAGGAGUGUAAGAACCGGUGGCACUUCGUCCAUAACAACUACAAGGCUGUGAAGGAUCAUGAAACGUGGUCCGGCGAGCAGAAGUAUUUGAGCAUGAACCAGGCGGACAGGAAGAGAUGGCAUCUGGAUUUCCUCAUGUGUAGAGAGUGGUACGAUGUCAUUGACCAGAACGAGAAGGACAAUGACACGAUUUGCAUUGAUUACAUCACAGAUCCUGGCGCUGAGACUGAGAAUGUGGCCGCGGACAAUGGUGGAUCGGUGGAAACUGACGGCAUAGGAGUAGGCGGUGAUGAUCGUGCUGAUGCUGGUUUGGCGCCCCAUCCGCAGAACACCGGUACGGACAGUGCUGGUCCUUCGGAUGGUGCAAGGUCCACUGCAGUCCAGGGUGACAUGGCCAGCAAGCGUAGAAGGGUUGAAAUCCAGGCGGCAUUAAAGUUUGCUGUGACUGAUUCACAGGCUUUGUCAACCAUGGAGAUAAUGUAUGGGCCCUUGCUGGGUGCUAGGAGGGAGUUCAGCGAGUUCAUUGCCAGCACUCUCGAACAGCAGCCGGCUGCCAGUAAGUAUGACAUCAUUGACCGGCAGGCCACUGAUCUGCACAGGAUAAGGUUCACACUUGGAAGAUUGCUGCUCAGUGUCACAGAUGGCGAUGCCAAACACACUAUCAAUGCUGUUGCGUCUGCAAUGUUGCUUUUGCAAAAGAAGCACAAGAGACUGCAAAUUGAGUAUGCCACUUUGCAAGCUUGCGUUGCUGCUGAGGCACCGAACUCCUGUCCUUUUUGUGGGUACACCCUCCUCAAGCCUGCCGCGGGUUCAUCUUCGUAGGCGGUCCUGCCGAAUGCCCCCGUGGA